CUGUGUGCUAUAAAACAAGGGCUGACGCGCCGCCCCACAACGGAAUAAAAGAAAACGGAAGAGUCCGGGGUCGAGAGCAAAUGCGCUAACAUCACUGUCUCUCCUCCUGCAUUCAUUGGAACGGAUAAGGAGUGUUAGAUAGAUCCACAUAGACAGAGGAGAGGCUGAGAUGCAGGCGCCGGCGUGUACCAAUGCUCCGGCGUGCACAUUCCCCUUCGCCACGAUGCAGUCGCAUGGCGUCAGGAUCGCGAGGUCGCACGCCUACGACUGGGUUGCGCUGCUCCUUCUGAUCGCCAUGGAAUGCGUCCUCAACGCCAUCGAGCCGUUCCACCGCUUCGUCGGCGAAGGCAUGAUCGCGGACCUCAGAUACCCGUUGAAGAGCAACACCGUCCCGGUCUGGGCCGUGCCGAUCGUUGCUGUCAUUGCACCUAUGCUCAUCUUUAUCGCCAUCUACAUCUGGAGGCGGAAUGCGUAUGAUUUGCACCAUGCUACAAUUGGUAUUCUGUUCUCUGUGCUGAUCACCGGCGUCCUGACGGAUGCGAUCAAGAACGCCGUGGGCCGUCCGCGCCCCAACUUCUUCUGGCGCUGCUUCCCUGACGGAAUCGCUGUGUACGACAACAUCACCACAGCAGUCAUAUGCCACGGCGACGCCAGCGUGAUCAAAGAAGGCCACAAGAGCUUCCCAAGUGGCCACUCUUCCUGGUCUUUCGCCGGCCUGGGCUUCCUGUCGUGGUACCUCGCCGGGAAGAUCACCGUCUUCGACCGACGAGGACACGUCGCCAAGCUGUGCGUCGUCAUCCUGCCUCUCCUCGUCGCCGCUGUCAUCGCCAUCUCGCGGGUAGAUGACUACUGGCACCAUUGGCAGGACGUCUUCGCCGGCGGCAUCCUUGGAAUGGUGAUUGCGUCUGUUUGCUACCUGCAGUUCUUUCCACCACCCUCUGAUGACAAAGGUUUCUGGCCUCAUGCACACUUUAGGUACAUCAGCGACAGGGAAGAGGAGAGCCGGAGGCGGCGCACUACUGAAAUGAGCAACAGUGACUCGACCGCAGUUGUCCCUCGGCAGGGUGAGACAGGAGCAAACACGAGCCGCACGUUGGACGCGAUGGAGUCCGAUCCGUUGUCACCUACCCUAAGCCUUGGAGAUCUCAGCUUCGGAGUUCCAAAAUGUAGGGUUGGAAGUGUCACUGAAUCUCUUUGUAUACAUAGUACUACUUUCUUAGAGUCCGGUGCGUAGGACAAGGCAAUGGCCCUGUGUAACAUGUAUUGUAGAUCGAUCACUUGGCAUCUAGUAAAAGCCAUGGAGAUCCAGAUUCCAAGUUCCAAUGUGUACGGUUAGAAAUGUCACUGAAUCUGUAUGUAUAUACACAUGUAAUGUGGAAUCUAUUCCGUUGGGGCCUAAGCCUUGGAGAAUGGAGGUCUAGCUUCCAACUUCUGAUGUGUAGGGCUAGAGAUUUCACUGUAUCUCUAUGUACAUAUACUGAAUGCUUCCGAUGUGUAUAGCUGUUUUUUCUACAA